AACCUGUUUUGGACAGUGCCUGAGCGCACGACACAGAAGAACAGGGAUGCUGCACCCCAGGAGCUCUUCCUCUGAAACCAGCAGCCAGGAAAGCCAAGCACCAUACGAGACACCAGAACUAUUUGACCUUCAGAGGCUGUUCUGGCUCAGAGGUGGAUCUGACAAUCACGUGGACCAAGUCUGGCCAAACCUUUAUCUGGGAGAUGCAUGGGCUGCUAGAAGUAAAGCAACUCUUCAAAGCCUUAAUAUUACUCACAUCCUAAAUGCAGCAGAUGGGCCAUACAGUAUCAACACAGGAGCCAGAUAUUACAGAGAUCUGCAAAUAGAGUACUAUGGAGUAGAAGCGUUUGAUGACCCUUCCUUUGAUUUAAGUAUCUUUUUCUAUGAUGCUGCUAAUUUCAUACACAAAGCCUUAAACACACCAGGAGGUAAAGUGUUUGUCCAUUGUGCCAUGGGGAUAAGCCGCUCAGCAUCUCUUGUGCUUGCCUUUUUAAUGAUCCAUGAAGAUAUGACACUUGUAGAUGCUUUGAAAACAGUGAAUUCUCAAAGGGAAAUCUGCCCAAACACAGGAUUCCUGAGCCAGCUCCGAAACCUGGACAUCAAAUUAAAUGAAGAAAGGAAAGGUGUCAGGAAAUCUGCUUGCAAAUAACCAUGAGAGAGCCCUGCAAAGAGAGUCUUAGAAAUUACCAUUGUCUUGUAUAGCUCUUAAAAAUUAAUCCUCUUCUACAAACUAAAGAUGUAAAUUAAAAAUACAGUGUAACACAUAUUCUACUUAGAAAUAUUUAUUUGAUCACGUUUUCUUUACA